CCAAUGCAGUGUAGAGUCAGAUGACCGCGCAUACUCAAGCUUAACGCCGAUUUCCGAUCGGGAAUCGGCCAUAGUAACGACUUUCCGUCGCAGCCAACACCCACCGACUGCCUUGCUGGCGCGCCAUAAAGAGAAAAUGGAACAAUGUUCAUCUCUUUUAUUUGUUUUGUACACAACACUGCCUCAGCCAGUCUCGGCGCUCAACAGACGUGAACACCAUGACCACCCCGGCCACUCAGCCCGACUUCUCCGAUCGAACCGACUUCGAGAAUGCCUCGCGAGGCUUCAUCACCGGUCUCGAACCAUGCACCAUUCGCAGCUCAAAAAACCGCAUCGUCUACAGCAACGAAGAGUACGCCUUCCUACGUGACACCGAGUGCCCACAAACAGCCAACCCAAAGCUCUGGCGCCAGGGCCAGCUGGCCUCUCAGCAAGGCCUGUUCGAAGUGACACCGGGCAUCUACCAGGUCCGUGGGCUUGAUCUGGCGAAUAUGACAAUCGUCGAGGGACAAACGGGUGUGAUCAUUAUCGACCCUCUCACCUCCGUGGAAUGCGCCAGCGCCGCGUUGACGUUAUAUCGAAGUCAGCGCGGAGACCGACCGGUCACGGGCUUGAUAUACUCGCACUCGCAUAUCGACCAUUUUGGCGGCGCACGCGGUGUCAUGACGUCACCGGAGGAUGCAAGGACUUUGCCCAUCUUCGCACCGGAGGGCUUCCUGGAGGAGGCGACCAGCGAGAAUAUCUACGUGGGGCCGGCCAUGCGUCGACGGGCGGCGUUCAUGUACGGGACGCGAUUACCCAAGAGCCCUGAGGGCCAGAUUGGCUGUGGAAUUGGGAUGGCGGUCUCGACAGGUACACCCUCAUUAAUUCCUCCGAGCCAGCACAUCACUGCGACUGGGGAGGAAAGGGUGGUUGACGGCGUUCGAAUUCAAUUUCAGCUCGUUCCGGAGACGGAGGCGCCGUCAGAGAUGAACUUCUUCUUCCCCGAUCAUCGGGCGCUGUAUAUCGCGGAAUGUGCCACGCAUUCUUUGCAUAACAUCAUUACCUUGCGGGGGGCCUUAGUUCGGGAUGCUAAAGCGUGGGCCCGCUAUCUAGAUGAGUCGCUCGUCUUGUUCGGGAGACAGGCGGAUGUCUUAUGCGCCGGCCAUAAUUGGCCGACUUGGGGUCGAACCGAGAUCCUGCGACUGAUCUCCGAGCAACGGGACCUGUAUGGAUAUCUUCAUGAUCAGACAGUCCGGAUGAUGAACCAAGGCUUGACUGGGAUUGAGAUCGCGGAGAACAUAACCCUACCCCCUGCGCUGCAGCGGGCCUGGCAUGCGCAGGGGCUCUAUGGGUCAGUCAGUCAUAACGUCAAGGGCAUCUAUCAGCGCUACAUGGGGUGGUUCAACGGCAACCCGGCCCAUCUCUGGGAGCAUCCGCCCGCAGAGAGCGCACAACGAUAUGUGGACUGCAUGGGAGGCAUCGAUGAGGUGAUUUGCAAGGCCGAGGCUUACGCCCGCGAAGGGGAUCUUCGAUUUGCUGCUACGCUCCUGGGACAUACGGUCGCGCUAGAUCCGACUCAUCAGAGAUCCAGAUUAGCUUUGGCUUCCGUGUUUGAGCAACUGGGUUACGGCGCGGAGAAUUCAACAUGGAGGAAUUUCUACCUCACGGGAGCGCUGGACCUCCGCGAGGGAGAAGGUGAUUCCCACCGCUACAAUCUGGGGCUGGCGGCUCGGGAGCUAAACCCCCUUCAGUCGGUGGAGCAGUGGCUCAAUCUGCUUUCUGUCCGCCUGAAUGGGCCUCAGGCAGCUACCGAAUCCUUCCUGAUCGACGUUCAUGUGAGAGAUUCGGGCAGCUGGUGGAGGUUGAUUGUGAACAAUGGUGUGCUAACAACACGGUUGGUCACUGAGCAGAUGAGGUUGGAGGAGCGAUCUGGAAUGACAAUCUCCGUCACUAAGCGACAGCUCGGUACAAUUCUGAGCGGCCGAGGAGAUCUGACAAGGCUAGAUUACGAAGGAGACAGACGAUUGCUCCUGAGAUUCUUGGAACUGACGGCAUAAUGUGAUGGACCGGGCUGUGAGUUUUUAUCAUGUGAUAUCUUAGAUUCCGACGAAUAUCCUCGGAGUACUUGCUGGGCAUUCUUCGGUGUGUAGAGGGACGCAGGAGCCAUCCGAACUAUUGCCGCAAGGGCAAGAUCAGCACCUAUGUUUCUCACCAAUGGGCGACAAAUCCAUCCUC